AUGGCUGCUCCAUCCAACAAAUCCCUACAGUCCUUAUCGGGUAAAUGGCAACUAAACAAAGCCUGUUCCGAUGACUUUGCAUCAGUCCUCGCGCUCCAAGGCGUAAACCUUCUAGUCCGCAAGACAGCCACCGCAGCAUCUAUCCAUCUCAAAAUCAGUCAACCAGACGAUCAACAUAUCAAGAUGGCGCAGUCGAUAACUAGCGGCAAAAUCCCUGGUACUACAGAGGAUUAUACCUUGGACUACGAGUGGCGCACCAACCAGGAUGGUUUCUUCGGUGAGGUAUCAGGAAGAAGUCGAUGGGUCAGUGUCGAAGAGGGGAGGAAGACGGGCGUAGUUGGCGAGGGCGACGGUGAAUGGAUUGAAGGGGAUAGCGAGGGAAAGUUGAUUCAUGCGGAGGGGAAGAAGCAGGGUGAAUGGGAGGCUAGCCACCUUUGGGGCUUUGAGAUGGUUGAUGGGGAGAGAAGGCAUACGAGACGUGUAAGGGUUAGCAAUGAGAAGGGUGAAGAGUUGAGAGUGAGGAUGGUCUACGACUUUGUUGGCGAAUAG